UAAAAUACUAAGAUAUGUUUUCCUGUACUGUAGGUUGUGCAGUGAUGACAAGAUGGAGAAUGCCGAGCUGAAGAAAACCUUGAUAAGGGAUUGUUGUUCAGUAGUGAGAGAGGAGGAAGGCCUUACAACCUAUGAAGUGGAGGCUAAAGAUUUCCUCAAGGAUGAAGAGAACAAGAUACAAGUGAUGGCCAUUGGCCCCGUGAAUGAAGGACCCCUCCAGUCCGUUCUCCUGCUGGGGGAGACAGGUGCUGGCAAGACCCGUGUCAUCAAUGCCUUCAUCAACCAUCUGUUCGGUGUCCUUCUUGAGGAUAAGUUUAGGUUUCAAGUGAAAGAUUAUGUUGGAAGAGAUAACUUACUCAAAGUAGAGAGUCAGACGGAGUAUAUCACUGCCUACAUUAUAUAUCAUCAACCUGGAAUGCCUCGAGAGAAUAAUUAUAUGCUGAUAGACACUCCUGGGUUUAAUGACACGAGAAAAGAUCAUGAGAGUGUCACCCUAAAAAGAUUGACUGCCUUCUUGACCAAUGACUUUGGUGUAGAUGACCUUUCAUGUGUGGGUUUAGUUGCCAAAGCAAAUCAAAACAGAAUUUUACCAUAUCAGCUACAAAUGCUGAAGGAAUUUACCUCGGUGUUAGGGAGUAACGUUGGAGACAUAACGCAGCUCAUGGCCACGUAUGCUUCUGAUGACACCCCGGCAGUAAUUGAAGUGGUGAGACAUGCUGGUGUACAGUUUAUGAACAUGUACCAACUAGACAACUGGCCUCUGUAUGUUACUCACGCACUAAAUCUCUCUGAGGAAGACCGGCAUAUGCACCUUAAGUAUAGAUGGAAUAACAUGCAAGCUCAAUAUGACAAAUUUUUUGAAGGUUUACAAAAUUCACCCUCAGUAAGUCUAAAACGAACACGGGACCUUUUGCAAGAGACAAAACUCCUAGAAGAGAGAAAAGUCUUACUGAUGAACAGUGUAAGAUAUGCAGUUGAACUAAAGACGACAAUUAUUAAUCAGUACAAUUCAAAUAAAGACAUGGAAAAUCUAGCAAAAGAAAUUAUUUGGAAGGAAGUGGAAGUGAAACAUCUAACAGUAAAGACUCCCUUACCCUUUGGAUAUCAUGCUCACAACUGUAAAAUCUGCCAAAAAACUUGCAUACAUGAUUGCAAAAACCCAAACAAUCUGUGCGCUAAAGUGCUUGGAACUGGUACAGGGGUUGGCACUGCAGGUGUGAUAGGAGUUGGUACUUCAGUGGGAACUGGAGCAUUGGUGG